AUUCGUGAAGCAGAUAGGACGUGUUUUUGAGUAAAGCAUUCAGUGGAAGGAUGGCGAAAGUAGCACCGUUGGUUUUGUUCGGCAUUCUGGCGCUUCUGGCAGCGGUAUGGGCCUCACCACUGUCGAAGGGAACCGAGAGCUCCAACUCCUCCGAAGAGUCGGGUGAGGUCGGUGAGAUGUUGAAGGAGCUGCAGGAGAUGUGCAAAAAUAACAGCGGCUCCGAUGCGGCCUUCCUUGGCUUGAUGUCAUCGGUGCAGGAGACAAUGGUGUGUGCCGUGGCUUCCCUCGAUCUAGAGGGCUUAAUGACUGACGUUGACACGCUGUCCAACGAAACCCGCUUCACAUUCUUCCCUCGUUACUGUCCACAGCUGCGCAAAACCUACUCCUGCGUUAACAAGCUGGUGGGUGAUGUCAGACCCUGCCUAGAGGACGACGACUACACCAUUGUGCAAGCCCUGGUCGGCAUCCUGCCGGACGCGGUCGAGCUGAUGUGCAAGAACGAUGGUGAAAUUUUGUUCAAGUACGACGAGCCAAAGUACUCCGAUUGCUUGGAAAAGCUGGGCGACAGCUUCGAGGAAUGCACCAACUCCUUCCUGAACUCGACGGAUGACUGGGACCUCUCGAACAUGACGCAAGAUCAGUGCAGCACCAUGUUCGGCUUCCGGGAUUGUCUUCAGGGUAAGCUGGGCCUGUGCAAGGCUUCGGAUCUAAUCAGCGUCUACGACCUGUUCCACAACACUCUCGUCCGCAUGACGCCGUGCCGUAAUUACGUGGAGGUGCCAAAAGUCACGCUCGUUGAUAACAAUACCGUCGACGAGGACUAAACCAGUGGUGGAUCGAGCUAAUGUGGUUCCCCGUUUUAGGUACCGUGGAUUUGCCAUGAUAAUGUAACUCUCACUCUCUCUCUCUCUCUCUUUCUCUCUCUUUUUGAUGGAGUUGUAUUUUGCAAUAAAACAGUGCCCCUCGGCAUUGCGGCACCGUACGAGCGAG